ACCAGCACUGUGCGUCCCAGAGGGGAAAGGCCCCAUUCCCCACACCCCGAGCCAGCUGGUCCCCCCUCCUCUGUGCCAUUGGGGCCGACGCCCCGUGUCUCAGCCUGGUCGCCUGCCUUCUCCUUCCAGAUGACGGUGCUGGGCCCCGGCUGGGCUGGGCUCGUGGUGCGCACAGGGCAGCCAGCCGCUCUCCCCCUCGCUGAGAUGCUGUCAGGGCGGUGGCGGCUGGAAGGCCGGUCCUGGCGCCGGGCAGGCCCCGCGCCAGGCUCCUCCUCGGCCGUGGCGCUGCGAGCCCUCUACGACUACCAGUACGAGGCGGAGGACGGGCGCCAGGUGGCCAUCGCUGAAGGCGAGUGCUUCCUGCUGCUCCACAAGUCCAACGAGGACUGGUGGCAGGUUCGGCGGCUCAGCGAUCCCCGGAGGGCACGACCCAUCUUUGUGCCGGCCACCUACGUGGUGGAGGUGGGCCCUCGCGUGGAGGGUGGCCCGCGGCUGAGCGCCACGCUGCUCGCAACUGCUGGCGCCGGGCAGCACCCAUCCCUGGGCCUGCAACCGCGCUACCGAUCCCUCCAGGACCUGUCCAGCCCCCCAGCCCCGCCUGGCCACCACUCCUCCCACAGCCUGAGCCUGCCAGCCUGGGACCCUGGCCCCCACCUUGGCCCGGCCCACCCCGUCAGCAGGAGCGUCAGCGCCACUGGCCUGACCCAGAGCCCUGGCAAGGAUGUGCCCGCCCCCAGAUGCCAGCAGGAGGAGUGCCUGGAGCCGGUGGGGCAGGGGGCCAGCCCCCCUGGGGGUCCACCCUCUGGAGCCACCAUGGAGGAGCCCCCGAUUUACUGCAACCUGGAGGAGAUAAAGCAGGUGCGGGGGGAGCCCCCCAACCCCAGCAGCCCCCCGCUGCAGGUGCUGGACACCUGGGACCGCCACCUCGACCCUAGCACCGGCCGCAGCUACUUCUACAACCGGGAGACGGGCGACAAGUCUUGGAAACCUCCACGGCGCCACCGGGAGAUGAGUUUGCUCCCCGUGGAGACCUUGAGCCCCGAGCCCCCGGCAGCCGCUGACCCAGGGGAGACGCUGGCACAGGGCAGGGACAGUGUCCAGGCCGGCCGGCUCAGCUACACCAAAUCCAUGAUCUUGCCGGAAUCCCGUGUGCCCAAGGUAUCUCACCGCAGGAAUCACUCCCAGACCAGCUUUGAGAACUGGGUGGGGACCGGUCCCCCCACCACUUCCCCCCAGGGCUCCCCCCCUCACCCCUCUGACUUACCCCAUGAGGUGGAGAAGGCCGGGCAGCUGAACAAAACCAAGAUUGCAGAGGGGGGCCGGAAACUCAGGAAGAGCUGGGGCAUCUCCUGGGUGGUGCUGGCUGGGAACAGCCUCGUCUUCUACAAGGAUCUCAAGGGCCCGGCCCCCACCAGCUGGAGACCGGCCAGCAGCAGGCCUGAGAGCAGCGUGGACCUGCGGGGCGCGGUGCUGGAGCGGGCACGCGACAUGUCCAGCAAGAAGAACGUCAUCCACCUCCGCACAGUGACUGGCAACGAAUUCCUGCUGCAGUCGGACAGCGAGGCCGAGAUCCAGGAGUGGCACCAGACUAUCAAGGGCGUCAUCCGUAGGCUGGACCGGGAGAACCCCCUGGACGAGCCGGGCUACGUGCUGCACCGGGCCGGCAGCUCCGAGCUGGGGGACCUGAGCGGGGACGAGGAGGACGAGGGGCUAAGGCCAAAGGACAGCUGGAAAUCCUCCGGCUCCACCCGCCACCCGGACAGCACCGAGAGAAAGCGAGUCAAGAGCAAACUCAGGCGCUUCAUUGUCAAACGGCCCCCGUUGCAGAGCCUGCAGGAGAAGGGGCUCAUCCGAGACCAGGUCUUCGGCUGCCGGCUGGAUGCCCUGUGCCAGCGGGAGAACGACAUGGUGCCCCGCUUUGUCCGGCUCUGCGUUGAGGCCGUGGAGAAGAGAGCAGGCCUCGAUGCAGACGGGAUCUACCGGGUGAGUGGGAACCUGGCCGUGAUACAGAAGCUGCGUUUUGCCGUCGACCGGGAGCGGGCAGUGACCUCGGAUGGGCGCUACGUCUUCCCGGAGCAGCCAUGCCAAGGUAGAGCCAGGCCAGGGGAGCGGCUGAGCCUGGCGGACCCCGAGUGGGACGACGUCCACGUGGUGACCGGCGCCCUCAAGCUCUUCUUCCGCGAGCUGCCCGAGCCCCUGGUGCCCUUCAACCUCUUCAACGCCUUCGUGGCUGCCGUCAAGCUCCCGGCUGGCGCCGAGCGGGUGCAGCGCCUGGCCGAACUGGUCCAGAGCUUGCCCCCACCCAACUACGCCACCCUGCGCUACAUCCUGGCCCACCUCCGCAAGGUGAUGGAGUACGCCGACGCGAACCGCAUGACCCGGCAGAACAUCGGCAUCGUCUUCGGCCCCACGCUGCUGCGACCCGAGAAGGAGCUGGCCAGCAUGGCCGUGGACAUGGUCCACCAGAACCAGGCCGUGGAGCUGCUGCUCUCCGAGUUCCAGCACAUCUUCCCGGCCCCCGGCGCCAACUGAGCCCCCGGCCGUGCCCGGGCACCGAACCCCUGCCCAGGAUCAGACUGGGCUCCGCGCAGCCAAGGACAAUGGCCCUGUCCUAGCCCCAGGCUUUGGACCAUGGAGACUGUGCAUGGGAGCCGGCGUCCCCUAGAGGGGAAAGGCCCUUUGCCCCAUUCCCCACCCCCCUGAGCCAGCCCGUGCCCUGCCCUGGGGCCAGAUCAGAGCCCCUGCCCUGCCGGGUCUGUGCGUGCCCAGGGCACCGACUGUCUGGACUCACGAGCCCGGGACCAGGCAGUAAAUGGCUGUCUGCCCAAGGGGCCCCCCCGUCUCUGUGCUAUGAUUUGCUGCGGGGGAGGGGAAUGUGACGAAGCGGGACUAUUCUUAACGUUUCCUCUGAAUACUGUAGGGG